AAAGAAAUGAAUGUGUCGGCUGCUAACGUGACAGUGGUUUUAGAUUAUAGGGAUUCCUUCCUUAAGGCUGUGAUCAAGAACAUUAUUGUUGUGGUUCUCAGCAUUUCCAUCAACUACAUCAAUGCAGGAAUCAUUCAUACCUUCUCUAAGCAGCAGAUCUUCUACACAAAUCCUCGGUACAUCCUGUUUGUUCACUUAGUGAUCAAUGACAUGAUUCAAGUGUCGCUGACUGUUGCCCUUUUCAUCGUUAGCUACAUCCUCUACAAGAUACAAGUGUUUGUCUGUUGCAUCCUAAUGCUGGUUGCCCUCUUCACCACUGAAAACACCCCACUGAACCUGGCCUGCAUGGCGAUGGAGUGCUACAUCGCCAUCUGCAUUCCCCUCCGUCAUCCUCAGAUCUGCACAAUCAAGAGAACACGGCUGCUGAUUCUUCUAAUCUGGACCACAAGCCUGUUGUCUGUUCUCCCCGAUCUCUUCAUUACCUUGGCCACAGAGCCACUGGACUAUUUUAAUAUGCAAGUGUUUUGCCUCAGGGAAACCGCUUUUCGAAAUCCCAGAAUCAUAGAGAGGAGAAAUAUUACCUAUAUUGUAUAUCUGGUUUUAGUUUGGUGCGUUAUCCUUUAUAUUUAUUUCCGAAUAAUUUUCACAGCAAGAAUAGCAAAUAAAGACGCUAAAAAGGCGAGGAACACAAUCCUCCUCCAUGGGUUUCAGCUUCUGCUGUGUAUGGCAGGGUAUGCAGAACAUCUGUUGAAACAGGCAGUGUUGCAAUGGUUUCCUAAGUAUUAUUCAGACUCUCUGUUUGCUUGUUAUAUAAUUUUUCAAAUACUGCCACGAUCUAUUAGUUCAAUUAUCUACGGCAUAAGAGAUAAAACUUUCAGGAAGCACCUAAAAGGACACCUACUUUGUCAGUUGCGCUCACAUUAACAUAAA